GCACUUUUGUCGUGUGAGGUUAUCAUUUAACAAGUGCAAUAUUUGCAUAUUUGGUGAAUAAAUAUUUAGGUACAGUGUAGAGAAUUGAUCGAGAUGGCUCCUAUACCGUUGGAAGGGCAUCAAACGCCUGUAACGAAUAAUAUACCUCAAGAGGGUAAUCGUGUAGGUUCCAUCUCUCUGGGGAUGUUAAUAGACUUUAUUAUACAAAGGACGUAUCAUGAGCUGACCGUGCUUGCUGAGUUAUUACCAAGGAAAACCGAUAUGGAACGUAAAAUUGAAAUCUACAAUUUUUCCGCAAGGACUCGGCAAUUAUUUGUCCGUUUAUUGGCAUUGGUCAAAUGGGCCAAUAGUGCUUCUAAAGUUGACAAAUCUGCACACAUCAUGGCAUUCUUAGAUAAACAGUCGCUUCUUUUUGUGGAUACUGCAGAUAUGUUAGCCAGAAUGGCUCGUGAAACCCUUGUGCAUGCUCGGUUACCAAAUUUCCAUAUCCCAGCAGCAGUUGAAGUUCUGACAACGGGCACGUACAGUCGUCUACCGGCUUGCAUUCGGGAAAGAAUAGUUCCACCUGAUCCAAUAACUCAGGCGGAAAAAAGAAGUACAUUGCAGAGAUUAAAUCAAGUGAUUCAACACAGAUUGGUCACUGGAAAUUUACUGCCACAAAUGCGGAAUCUGAAGAUCGAAGCAGGGAGAGUGACAUUUCUUGUCGAACAAGAAUUCUCGGUAUCGUUAACGGUCAUGGGAGAUGGGCCAGCUGUACCUUGGAGAUUACUCGAAUUGGAGAUCUUGGUCUCUGAUAGAGAAACCGGUGAUGGGAAAGCACUAGUGCAUCCUUUACAAACGAGAUACGUUCACCAGGUUGUACAAUCAAGACUGGCGGAGAGCACUAAUCCACUUUCUGAAGUAUAUUACAUCCUGCACUACUUUUGUCAAUCGCUGCAGCUCGAAGUACUUUAUUCCCAAACUCUGCGUUUAAUACGAGACAGAUUAGACGAUCAUAUUCACGUCGAUGAAUACACACCCGGGAAAUGCCUGUCUAUAUCCUAUUGGAGAGAAUUGACGAGCAAAGAUCCUAGGUCAGAACUUGGAUAUAAAUUAACUGUACAGGUAGACCAACACGAUCCUGCUAGACCUCUUGCUGUCGUGCACGUCCCCUCGUUAGGUAGUAAGGAAAGUGAAAUUGCUGACAGAGCUAUUAGAUCGGAUCAAUUGUCGAUGGAGUGUUUACUCGUACAUACUAUUUACGUUCGAACAAGAAGUCGAUUAUCUGAAUUGAAACAAGAAUUACAAUCUAUGUUAAAAGAUGUCGAAUGCACGUUAGCAGGGUCACCAGCUAUCCUUUCGGUACCAAUCUUGCAACCUUGCUUGAGAGCAGAACUUCUCUUGGUCACCGUUGAUACUCACACAGGAAUGCUUCAGUGUCAUGUACCGCAAUACGAUGCCCCCCUUGUCCCAGAGCUCACGACCGCAUUAAACGGAGAUCAUUCAAGAUUGCCGACGCUGAUAUCGGAACUAAGGUUUUGGAUAACCCAGAGGCGUUGUGAGAAAACUUUACAGCACUUACCGGCAACGCCCCAUGAGCGUUUACCUCUGUUGCACCAUCCGGACCAUCCCAUGUCCAAGAUUAGUAGGCAUCGCAUGUUUAUUCAGUUACACCGACAUCCUACAGUGAUUUUGAUAGUGGCUUUCAAAGAGAAAGAGUCGUCUCAAUGUGAAAUUGAAUGUUCUUUUUAUCUGGCUGUUGUAAAGCACAGUUCUAUCGAAGAUGAUCCUCACGAUGACAGUAUAGAAACCGAAAUUCCAAAAAUGUACUUAAAGGUUCAAAGUCUCAUCGAAUUUGAUACCUUUGUCAUCACACAUGGACCGUUCACUAGUGUCGACAGUGUAGUGGAGAAGGCUGGCAACAAACGUAGAAGCACUGGGGCCGCCGGCAGAACCGACGCGGCGGGAACGUCGCAAAACAGGAGGCCCAAGCAUCCUGCUUAUUUCAUUCCCGAAUUGGCCCACGUCGUGGCACUUUGCGACGAACGAAUUCCCUUCGUUACGUUGGCUCAAGAGUUGACUCGAAGAGACAUAGCACAUCAAGGACUUCAAGUCGAAGCGAACGCAACAGCGCUGGUGCUGAAACUCGUUCAACUGCCUGCACCUUCUGCGAACAUUGCAUCCAGUAGUGCAUGGCAAGCUCUUCUGAAAAGACUUCUCAGUGUCGCGAUCAGAGUGCAGGGUAAAGGAAUGGCCAAGACGUGGAUGGCCGAGUUUGUGUUUUUCAGCAGUCCUCUUACGAGCAGUCAUCCUAAGGAGCAAGGACUGCGCCGACCCGUUUACUUUCAGUACGAAAUGGGAACAGCCGAUACGGUGUCUCGAACUGUAGAUUCUCUGCUGAGCGAUUGGGCUCAAAUAGUUCACCUGUAUUCGAUAGUGCAGGAUCUGGCAGAGUAUUUAAAAAUGGAGAAAUAUAAUAUCAGGAACAUGAUUAGCAUUAAGUCGUACAGCUACAGUAAGCUGAUACUCGCUUAUGGUCCUAAUCGAGGAGCAAUGGUAACCAUCCAGUGGAGUACAAACGAUAAAGCCUUCAAGCUGACUUUCGGAAAAAGUCCCACUAACACGGUGGUGAACGCUCAUUCUCUGAUGAAGGAACAGCUCGAGGCCCAUUUGAAUCGUCACAGAAAUUUAGCGCAGAUCGUGCACAUAUUGAACGAGACGUUGCAACCUUUGACCUCGAUCAGCAAGUUACCGACGAUUCCUCAGUUAGGAGUUCACAAUUCCAGACCACAAGUUCCCGUACAAACCUUCACCAUAAUGCCACAAUGCGUGACCUUGGUUAGACUCGCGUAUCAAGGAAUAUACUGCCUGGAAUUAAGACUUCGAGGAGGUGGCCUGGUCAGCUUGCGCGACGGUGCUUACAGCAGAUUUGACAGAAGUAACGUCGUCGAUGAAUUUACGCCCACCCAGGGACUAAAGGCUUUCCUGUCCAAGUACGUCGACGAGACCGCGGUAUUCCGGAGAAGAUCGCAGUCGGAAGACGAUAACCCACCUUCUCCUGUUACCAUGGACAGCGAAGGAGGUGGGACCAACGUUGGAUUCCUCGGUCACCAUAGAGGAGGUCCUCAGUCCCCCGCUCAGCAAAGAGACGGCCUCAGGUUUCAUCCACCAUUGACUCCUCCAUCCGGCAGCAAUCCUCACACUCCGGCCAGUCCACAUACUGCCAACAUCUCGCAGGCCAGCCAGCACCAGAGUUUCGGAAGCAGUCCCGCGACAUCGUUCAAUUUAGCUUCGCCGCCCUCGUUGCCACCGAACACACCAAACAUGUUGCCUCAUCCUUCUCCCGGAUCCGGUUUGGUUGCGAAUAGUCCCCUGAACCAGAUGCACGUGCCCAGCCCUGCAGGACUCAUGCCCACGUCGUCUCCAGGUCCUUGCAGCAACGUCCAAGUAGGACAUUCUCCCGCGAGCUCGUUUAUGCAGACCGGUCACAUAGAUGGCAGCCCAUUUCCCUCGUCCCAAGGUUUGACGUCCCCGGCCGCGUCGAACUGGCCAGGAUCCCCGAGUGUGCCGAGGCCAUCUCCUGCCCGACCAGGACAGAGUCCGGGACACUCGGCUCUUCAUAGCCCUCAAGCCUCCGAUCAUAAAGCCGGAAGCCACAUUUCCAGAGUGUUGCCUCCAAGAUCUUGGGCAGGCGCCGUUCCGACUCUGCUCACCCAUGAAGCUCUGGAGUUGCUGUGCUGUCCUUCGCCUCAUCCUUCCGGAUUACCUGGACCGGAUCUCUCGCCGCUGGAAAGAUUCCUCGGUUGCGUUUACAUGCGCAGGCAAUUGCAGCGAUUUAUACAGACAGACGAUUGCUUGACUACUAUUCAUAGCACGGAGCCAGGAGUGGUACACUUCAAGGUGGAGACCCUGCAGUGCAGGGUUGGUUUGAAUCCGCAGCAUUUGCAGUCGCUCCAUAUAAAAGUGCAGCCUCUUCCGGAACACAAAGAUCAGUGGACUCUCGAGGAGCUCCAGAUCAUUGAGAAGUUCUUCGACACAAGAGCGGCCGCCCCGCCCUAUAAGCCCAACACGCUUUCCGGCUUCGGAAGAAUGCUCAACGUUCCGUUCAACGUGCUGAAAGACUUCGUUCAGAUCAUGAAACUGGAGUUGGUGCCCAGUUUAGGGCAACAGCAGCAACUCAAGUGGUCGGUACAGUGGUGUUUGCGAAUACCACCUUCGGCUACUCCAAUCGUGCCUACUGGAAUGGCUGCGGUUUUGGUGUGCAGGAACAAGAUCCUGUUUUUCCUUCAAAUAACGAGAAUCGGGGUUCCGUAUCAAGGCGAGGCCCCGUCCCUCGUGCUACCCUUGGUUUACGACGUGAGCACGAAUCUAACGCAAUUGGCCGAAAAGAGAGAUCCGAGCCCUGCAUCGGCGACGGCGGCUGCGUCGCUGCAGCUGAAAAGAUUCGCCGAGUACGGAGCGAAUCCGUCCGAGUGCUCGCUUUUUCCCGCGGUUAGGGAUCUCCUGGCUAAUCUGAUCCUGCCGUCCGAACCUCCGGUCAUAACGCAAGUGGUUGCAUCCCCCGGCGGCGGUCAAGUCACUCCGACCCAGCAGAUCCAGAGUCCGGCGAUGCAGUUGCACUCCCCCAUGGCCGGAGGACAGGGCCCCUCUCAAGGACCCUACGGGAUCCAGGGCAUGCCGCCGAUGGGCAUGAUGAACGGUCCUCCUCAAUAGGACUCGCUUUACCACCUGAACCCCGUGUGCCUGCCAAGUAACCACCCGGCUUGGCUCUAUUGAGAGCAGGUUCAAGGGAUUCACGAUCAGUUUUCGCGGCCAACGAGCGAGAUCGAUUCGUUCCGAGGUCACCGGAGCCGCUAGCCAAUUUGGCUCCAGCGGACCGUUUCGGAUGAAUCGUUUUUGAAACCGUGCACGCAGCUCACGCCCCUGACUCCCCGCGGUCUCUUCAGGGUCUAAGGUGCGGCACUUGUAAUUUAAUUAAGCACUCGCAAUCGGCAUUCUUUAUGUUGGACUCGAGGGACUCAUUUUAAAGAGUCCAGUCUCGAGUCACAAACUGGGAAAUGUAUAAAUAGACCGUAAAUGGAUUGCCUCUCGGGGCGUAUCCGUUAGCCACGAUUAUUUUCUUAAUCGUUGCUAAGUAUUAGAGGAAUGAUGCAGAUCUAUUUUUACUUAUAAGCUUAUCGUUUGAUGAGUAGCUUUCUGGACAUCGCCCGGAAUGUUAACGUAUUUUGAAUCGUGUACAGUUGAAGGAAAUUCUAAGGAAUGGUUCCCGGUACACGGAAGGAAGGAGAUACCGAUAGUGCAAGAUUAUGUUAAGAAAUCGUGCGCUUUCUGGUUAGGAUGAUUUCUAAGUUAUUAAGAAUGACGCGCUGAUUUUGAGAGCCCUCGUUCAGAGGUACACAGGUUAUUUGUAACGAUUCGAGGGCUCGAAUGAAGUGUACGAUUGACUUUCCCUAUUAAGUAUACGAUUUAGAGGAUCGAUAGACUGUGAUAUUCUGAGAAAUACAAUCGGGCGAGGAUGAAAUCACGCGACCAAUGUUCUCCGAAAAUAUCGUUUGAUUCCAAAAUAGUGUUCAGCCUAUUUUCUGUAAAUACUCCUACUCCAUCGUUAAAUAUUAUGUUUCCUAUCUCUUCGUAAUAUCAGUGCACGCAAAGAACAGAAUCCCUUACUUCGUCCGCCGAUAAUAUCUCCAGAAUGCUUUCACCAUAUUUUUGCGUUAUUAAUUUAACCUUACCGAGAUAUCGCGCUGUCUUUUAUAAACUGACUUAUUUGUCUCUUGCAAAGGUCAUUAAAAAAUGACGAAACAGCCACAUCGUCCGGUUUGAAUUACUUACAUUUUCAAAACGAGUGGGAGUAAAUUCAUUAAAUUGCAAAGUACAAAUUCGGAAUCCUAACGGAGAAGGACGAUGAUAUUGCUGCAUCUCCGUCAGAGAUUUAUGAAUAAUAUAAAACUUUUUAAUUUUAAAUCCGUGUGUACAGUUUUUACAAAAAACAUUCAAUAAUCUUAACAAAUCAAUGCUACUGCGACACGUUACCGUUAAAUGUAAUUAUAGUAGACGAAUUAAGGUAUAAUUAUAGUAUUAAUGCAUUUCGCAAUGUAUAACCGUAUAUCGAUAAUCGCGGGUCAAGUAUAUACAUUUUUAUUAGGUCAGGUAUAUAUCAGUCUCUGUAUAGAAAUGUGAAUACAGUACGCAGCGCGUUUCCCUGAUUACGAUUCGAUAUACCCCAACUUGGUACAUCGAAUGUCGGAUAUGGGUAAAGUACCGUUCCUCUGAAAUAGUAUUUCCAUUUUUUUCCUCUAAAUAAACAACAAAAUAUCCACUCG